UCGCGCUCUAGGCGUGUUGUGUUGUUGUUUAUUAUCAAUUUUUUCACAUAUUUUUUCAGUAACAUUUGAUGAACACACGUUUUUUUUUUUUUAUUUUUUUUUUCUAAUAAUAAAAGUGAUACUGUCAAUGCUUAUCAAAAUAAACUUGCAAAUAUUAUUGACGUACCAUAUGAACUAAAAUAGUUUUGUGUAAAUACAGACGAUUUAUUAGUUUGUGAAUAUAUUUUCUUCUGAGUCUUUCACGUCCAGUGGAGCUGUCAGGAAAAAAAAAAUUAGGGAUGGCGCCGAGAUGGUCAUUAUUUUGAUUUGAUUCAAUAACAGCGUUCAUUCCACUAAAUCUCAUACUUAUUCAAUGUAAGGAUGUCCCUUCAGUGGGACAAAUUAUCACCAGCAGAAUUUCAGCAGCUUCAAGAUUUAGCAGCUUAUUCCACACGAAAACUUGAAGAUGUCCUUACUGAAUUUUGUGGUACAACAACUCUGGGUAGCGGACCUAAAUAUCAUCCCGAUGGGGACAUCGAUUAUGAAGGGUUUCGAAAAUUUUUGGAUACAUACCUUGAAGUUGCCGCACCCGAUGACCUUUCCCGCCACCUUUUCUUAUCAUUUAUCAAAAAAAAUACAAGAAAUGUUGACAGCAAAGCUUUUAAGGAAAUGGCAGUUAUGUCAUCGACUACAGCAUGUGCCGCCAUAACAUCACAUACAACAUCCAGCAGUAAUGUGAAUAGUACAGGACUUCCUGCAGUAUCUUCUGAAAGUCAUGGGGGUUCAUCUCUUGCUGAAAAGUUCCAUGGAUUAACGGAAAAGUUUCAAGCUUUGGGUCAUCACAGAACCGACAGUGAAGCAUCUGCUCGAGCUAGAACAGGUAGUGUUCAUCCAAUGUUGACAAUUGCUCAUACGUCAUACAGUUGUCACGAUGUUUUGGAAAAAAAAAGCACUGAUAGCAGCCCCAGUCACAGUCAAAUGUCACGCAAUUCAUCGCGAAAAUCGAAUAAUUCUUUGCUCGUUAAUAAUGGGAAGCUAGAAGAAAUAAAACAUCUCGUGCGGAAACAAAGUACUAUUGAUGUUCACACGGUUAAAGUGAGUUUGAAAGAUAUCGUAUGCUAUCUUUCAUUACUUGAAGCUGGUAGACCAGAGGAUAAACUCGAAUUUAUGUUUAGACUGUAUGAUACUGAUGGAAAUGGUGUUCUCGAUACUAAUGAAAUGGAUUGCAUUGUCAAUCAAAUGAUGAACGUUGCAGAAUAUCUUGGAUGGGACGUAUCAGAAUUAAAACCAAUUCUCCAAGAUAUGAUGAUUGAAAUCGAUUAUGACGCAGAUGGAACAGUUUCUUUAGAAGAGUGGAAAAGAGGUGGACUUACAACUAUUCCACUUUUAGUACUUUUAGGUUUAGAUUCUCAUGUGAAAGAAGAUGGGAAUCAUCUAUGGAGACUAAAGCACUUUAGUAAGCCAGCUUACUGUAAUUUAUGUCUUAACAUGCUGGUGGGACUCGGCAAAAAAGGAUUAUGUUGUGUUUUUUGUAAGUAUACAGUCCACGAAAGAUGUGUUCAACGAGCUCCAGCAUCUUGUAUUGCAACUUAUGUUAAAAGUAAAAAAACAUCACAAAGUAUGGUUCAUCACUGGGUUGAAGGAAAUUGUCAUGGGAAAUGUUCCAAAUGUAGAAAGACAAUAAAAAGUUACAACGGAAUAACUGGACUGCAUUGUCGAUGGUGCCAAAUUACUAUACAUAAUAAAUGUGGGUCGCAAGUGAAAGCAGAAUGUAAUCUCGGCGAGUACGCAAUUCAUAUUCUACCCCCUACAGCAAUAUGUCCAGUUGUAUUGGAUAGACAAAGGUCAUUAUCCCGAGACAGUAAACGCGGUAGCAAGCAUGGUCAGGAUACAUCUUCCAUUGGUUCUGGAGCAUUUCUAAGCACUAGUAGUAAUUCGAAUCAGCAACCAGCGAUGUCUUUCCAAAUCACUCCACCUCUAGGCUCAAUUCCUCUCCUGGUCUUUAUAAAUCCUAAAUCUGGAGGCCGACAGGGAGAAAGAAUGCUACGAAAAUUUCAGUAUAUUCUAAAUCCACGUCAAGUCCAUAACCUGGCUAUUGGAGGACCAAUGCAAGGUCUUCAAAUGUUUAAGGAUGUUGAAAAUUUCAAAGUGAUUUGCUGCGGCGGAGAUGGAACUGUGGGUUGGAUUUUAGAAACAAUGGACCGAAUUCAAUUUGAACAUCAACCGGCCGUUGGUGUGGUGCCAUUAGGGACUGGCAAUGAUUUAGCGCGUUGUUUGCGUUGGGGUGGAGGCUAUGAAGGUGAAGCAUUGCAUAAAAUUUUGAAAAAAAUCGAAAAAUCAACUCCAGUUAUGAUGGAUCGAUGGCAAAUCGAAGUAACCGACCAAAAAGAAGAAAAAAAACCUAAUCAAGACAGUAUUCCUUAUAACAUUAUAAACAAUUAUUUUUCUGUUGGUGUUGACGCUGCUAUUUGUGUGAAAUUUCAUCUUGAACGAGAAAAAAAUCCAGAAAAGUUUAAUAGUCGAAUGAAAAACAAACUUUGGUAUUUUGAAUACGCAACAACUGAACAAUUCGCAGCAAGUUGUAAAAAUUUACAUGAAGAUUUAGAAAUCAUUUGUGAUGGAUCGCCAUUGGAUUUGGCUCAUGGUCCAUCUCUGCAAGGAAUUGCAUUACUAAAUAUUCCUUUUACUCACGGAGGUUCUAACUUGUGGGGGGAACAUCAUGCUCGUCAUCACUUAAAAAAACGGAAGAAACGACCAGAUAAAGAACUUAGUACUAGCAGCUUUAAUUCUGUUGAUUUAACGGUAGCUAUUCAAGACAUAGGAGAUAAUCUGAUAGAAGUAAUCGGCUUGGAAAAUUGUUUGCACAUGGGUCAAGUAAAAACUGGACUGAGAGCAUCGGGUAGAAGAUUAGCACAAUGCAGUAGCGUCAUUAUUAAGACUAAUAAACGCUUUCCCAUGCAAAUAGACGGAGAACCAUGGAUGCAAGGACCUUGUGCGAUUCAUAUUACUCAUAAAAACCAAGUACCCAUGCUAAUGGCACCACCGUCAGUCAAACGCCGAGGAUUUCUUCGUUUUUUUAAAAGAUAAAGAACUUACAUAUUUACUACCAUCGUAUUGUUUUAAGUCUUUGUAUAUGAUACAAUUGCUGAUUAAAAACUCCGAUUGAAUAUCAGUCGGAUUUCUGUCAGAUUCAAUCGAAUUCCAUCAAAUCAAAAUUGUUCGGAAAAGUUCCAAUUAUCUGAUUGAAUUUCAAUUGAAUUCAUUCGAAAAAAAUUUAUAUUAUUUUCGAAUUAAAUCCGAUUAGAUUCGAUUGAAAUAUUUUAAUUGGAUCCAACCAAAAAUUAAUAAUUUUUCUUCUCGAUUAUGUUCCGAUUGAAUCCAAAAGUAAUAUUUUAAUCAGAUUCUAUCAGAUUUAAUCGGACAGUGAUAGUUUUUCCGAUUGAAUCUAAUUGAAAGUCAGUUGGUGGAAAUUUCCGAUUGAAUCCGAUUAGAAUUUAUCCAUCAGAUUCAAUUGAAGCUUCCAAUCAGGAAUAUUCAAAAAUUUCAUAUACUUCUGUUGUAUUUUAUUUAGUUGAUAUUUUUUAAAAACAGAAAGAGCAAUUUUUUUAUAAGCAUAUCAGAAAACGUAUUUUUUUGCUCAUAGUAAACUUCUGUUUAUGAUUUGAUAUUAGAGGAUCAAAAUAUUAUAUAUUUUCUUAAGUUAGCAAGGAUCAGUAAUAAACUCAUUAAUUCUUAGUGAAUUCUCUGGCGGAUUCAAAUUACAGUAAAUUACCGUAAUUUACGGUAUAAGAAAGAAUUACGGUGCAAUACAGUAUUUUACGGUAAAGGCACUGUGAAUUCACUGUAAAUUUGCAGCAAUCCUGCGGCACAAUUGUGGCAAUUUACCGUAAAAGUGUAGAUUUACUGCAAAAUUAAAGCAUUUACCGUAAAGUCGAAGUAUUUCGCUGUGUUACGGUACAAAUGUCACAUUACAGUAAAUUGCCGUAAUCUAAUUACCGAAAAAUGCUGCAAAUUUGCGGUAAAAUACGGUAAUUUACCGUAAUUCGGAUCCGCUAGGGUAAUCCGAUGAAAAAAGAUUUUAUACAAUUAUAUAUAGACUAUAUAUAAUUAUAUAUAGACUACAUAUAAUUAUAUAUAGACUACAUAUAAUUAUAUAUAGACUACAUAUAAUUAUAUAUAGACUACAUAUAAUUAUAUAUAGACUACAUAUAAUUGUAUAUAGACUAUAUAUGAUUAUAUAUAGACUAUAUAUAAUUAUAUAUAGACUAUAUAUAAUUAGAUAUAGACUAUAUAUAAUUAUAUAUAGACUAUAUCUAAUUGGACA